AAUCACUCUAGAAACUUAAUCAAGGUCAUGGCUGACAGGGACCGUGAGGACGACGACUCUGCGUCCGUCGAGAUGCUUGAGGAAGCGCAGGCGGAGGUGGCGCUUCAGAUCCGCAAUGAGAAGCAUCUUAAGCAGGUGGGCGUGGCAGUUCGCCGGCCUCGCGCACGCGCGUCGUGCGUUAAGGGCCAAGCCGACGAGGACACGAAGCAAUGGGAGCUGCUGCUCUUCUCCUUCUCAGACUCGAGUGAGCUGGCCAACCUCGAAUCACUGCUAGUGCAAUUGGCGCCCUCCACGUGCUAUCUUUCGGCUGAGCUGGAGCAGUCCCAGAGCGUGGGUGACAGCAAGAAGCUACACGCGCUUCUGCAGACUCACGAGGUGUCCGUCGUCUACAUGAAGAAGCAGCUGUUCUACGACGUGAGCGGUGUCGAGACCAACGUCGCCAGGCUACUGGGAGCUAGUGCGAUGGCCGAGUAUAAGGACGUGCUGGCAUCCAAGAUCGCAGCGGGCUCGCUGGCCUGUUUGAUCGAGGCUCUGGGCGUCAUGACUGACGCCGAGUCCUUCGGCUGCUACACGCUGAAAGAGGGGAAUCUCUCGUCUGCCAUGCAACUGGAUAGCGCUGCUGUCUGGUCGCUCAACUUGCUGCCAGAGCCGAGCUCUACUACAACCGGGGUAGCGAGAUUUGGAGGUAGCGUACUGGAGAUUCUGAAUCGAGGCAAGACGCCUAUGGGACGUCGCUUGCUGGAGCGCUGGAUUCGACAGCCACUGCUGGAUGUCAAGCAGAUCGAGACCAGACAGAGUCUUGUCCAGCUCUUCGUGGACGACACGUCAUUGAGGAUGGAGCUGCUGGACGAGUGUAUGAAGGCGUUGCCGGACUUGGGUCGACUGGCGGUCAGUCUUGAGAAGAAGAAGCACGCUAAGAUCACAGACCUAGUGAGUGUGUAUGAUGCCGCGGUUGGUGCCAUGCCGCGUGUGCUGAAGCUCUUGAAGGCGACCAAUGCUGGUGGAGACAACGAUCUGGCUUCACUUGUCAAGGAGAAAUUUGCUACUCCAUUGGAGAAGGUGCUAGCGGAUCUGCAGGGCUACACGGAGCUUGUGAAGGAGGUUGUUGACCUGGACAGCCGUCCGACUCUUGUGGUGAACGCUAAGCAUGAUGAGAAUCUUCAGGCGCUGCGUGAAGAGUGGGAUGGCAUCCUUGCGGAUAUUGAGGAGGAGCACCGCAAUGCUCUUGAUACGAUUGGUGGCGACAUCAAGUGUGAGAAGGACAAGGUUCGUGGCUUCGCUUUUCGUGUAGUGAACAAGAAAGAAGAAGCACGGCUGUCCAAGCUGCCAUACGUCCACAUCUGCCAAGUACUCGUGAGUGGCGUCCAGUUCACUACGACUAAGCUGAAGGCGCUCGCUGCCGACUAUCGCCGAGUGCGUGGCGAAUACGAGGAACGACAGGCUCAUUUACUUAGUGCAGCGAUCGAUGUGGCCAGCACGUACGUACCUGUCCUCGAAGCUGCCACUGCUACACUAGCAGAAUUGGACGUGCUCUUGGGCUUCGCCCACGCUGCAUGCCACGCUGGUUCAGGCUACUGUCGUCCAACAGUUGAACAAAAUGGCGACUGUAUCGUGUUGACUAGUGCCCGUCACCCUUGUGUGGAACUGCAGGACGGUGUAGACUUCAUACCAAACGACUACAACUUUGAACGCGAAAGCUCGCGCUUUCAACUCGUGACCGGGCCAAACAUGGGUGGUAAAAGUACCUACAUUCGGCAAUUGGGCACGAUUGCAGUGAUGGCACAAAUCGGUAGCUUUGUUCCAGCAGAGGUUGCGCGAUUGCCUGUGUUCGACAAAUUGUUGGUUCGUGUUGGAGCUGGUGACCUGCAACAGCGAGGCGUAUCAACGUUCAUGCUGGAAAUGCUAGAGGCGUCUGCUAUUCUGCACAAGGCUACAGAGCGCUCACUUGUGAUUAUUGACGAGUUGGGUCGAGGCACGUCCACCUAUGACGGAUUUGGGUUGGCCUGGGCAAUCUCGGAGUAUCUUCUCACCAAGGCGCGCGCCAUGUGCCUAUUUGCAACGCACUUCCACGAGUUAACAGCGUUGAAGCUGGAACACCCUCACGGUUUCGCCAACAAGCAUGUUACUGCCGUUGCCAGCGACCGGGAAAUCACGAUGGUAUACCAGGUGCGGGACGGCCCAUGUAUGCAAAGUUUUGGUGUUCACGUGGCCUCCAUGGCAGGCUUUCCCCAGUCAGUCAUUGAGUGCGCUCGGCAAAAGAGCCAGGAGCUUGAGGGAUUCGAGCGCGCCGUAGGUAGUCAGGAGACAAUCGGUGCCAAGAGGUCUGCUACGGAAGCCUCACUAACCGAUAGUGAAUCCCCUUCGAAGGUUCCUGCAUCGGACAAGGAAUUCCUGUCCGCUUUUGCUGCUCUCCCUCUCGACAAAAUGGCACCAGCAGAGGCGUUUGCUGCUGUUCGUAACCUACGUCCCCAAUAGGACCAUAUGUAAUAAACGAGGUAAAAGCUUUCAAGCCCUACCAUGAUAUUAUGAACACACACAGAG